GUUCGUUUCAAAACGAUUUUGUUUUGCCAUGUGCAUCUUUAUUCCCAAUAGGAAUAGAGCACACAUUCUGUCAUGAGUACUGCACAGGUUCCAUCAAAGGGUCCCACUAAAGGACCUAAAAAGGGAUCUUUGACAGUAGAGGAAAUACAGGUGGACAACAUCACUCAGUUGGCCCGACAACAUUGGUCCCAGGAAGCAUUGAAGAAUGGUGUAAACUUCAACCCUCAGAUAGUGGCAGAUAUCUACAGAGAGGAACUUCAAGGAACAGGGUUUUCUGUAAGAAGAACAAUGAUGCUAGAAUUCAGUCAAUACCUUGAAAACUACUUGUGGCCAAACUACAGUCCUGACAAGUCCAACAAUGCACAUAUCACAUCUACAGCUCUUAUGGUGAAUGAGAAAUUCAGAGAGAGAGUUCCGCCAUGGGAGUGUUUCAGAGCCAAACCAGAAAACUUUGAGGAGUUUUUUCAUCAAGUAUUGAAUGUGUGCCUGGCUGAACACACAUCCCUACUGGAACAUACACACUUACUCAUGUUCCUAAUUCACUGCUUCAACAGUCUGGAAAUGGACCUGAUUCGAGAACAAGUCCAGAAGUUGGUGUCUCUACCAAUAUGGGUUAACCUUCUACCAGGAAGAAGAGAAGAACUGUUCAAAACAAAUGCUAAAUACAAGAAAUUUUACAACCUCAUACAGAAAAAUGAUGCUAAAGUUGGUGCAGAAAAGUUAAAAAGACUACAGUUUGAGCGGAACUUCAUGUCUAAUUUGAUGAAAAAGUUCUUUAAUAUCUUGGACUCAAUAACAGAAUCAGGAAAGUUAGCCCAUACUAAAGUACAGUAUUGUGAACGCUUUAUGGAACUUAUGAUUGACAUUGAGAGCCAACUACCCACACGACGAUUCUUCAAUGCCCUAAUGGACGAUGUCCACCUAGUAGUCAGGUGCCAGAUGUCCAUGUUGGUCAAAAGAAAGGAAGGAAAACUGUUUGGUGAGCUCCUUGAGAUGCUGCAACGGUAUGCUGAGUUUGAGAUUGAUGACCAGACAGGAGAAGCUCUAACAAUCCAUGACAGAAUAGACCUCCAUUACAAUAGGGUGCUAGCUCUACAGAAAGUUGCCUUUCGAUACUUCUCAGAUGACCUGCGAAGUUUUGCCAUUUCCAAUGUUGCAAGUGUAGACAGCAGAGAAUCCUUGUUGAAAUUCUUCAAAUGUUUAAGCAAAUCAGACCUACACAGAGUCCUGGCCUACAUACACCAGCUACCGAUGAUUAAAGAGGAAGAAGAGUCGACACAGAAAGAGGAUUACAUGAUGGAGCUGUUGGUCACUCGUCAUGAGAAGAGAAGAUCCCAGCUUGAACAGAUCAAUGAAAUGCCACUGUAUCCUACAGAAGACAUUAUUUGGGACGAGAACAUCGUACCAACAGACUUUUACUCUGGGGACAGUUGUCUUGCUCUGCCAAAGCUCAAUCUGCAGUUUCUGACAUUACAUGAUUAUUUGCUCAAGAAUUUUCAUCUGUUCAGAUUGGAAUCUACAUAUGAAAUUCGACAAGACAUUGAAGAUGCUGUGUCUCACUUAAAGCCAUGGAAGGCAGAGGAUGGCAGCUGUCUGUUUGGUGGAUGGGCACGAAUGGCACAGCCAAUAUCAGGCUUUAAUGUUGUGGAGGUGGCAAAGCCUCUAAUUGGAGAGAAUCAUCCAGCCCAGGUACGAGCAGAUGUCACCGUCAGUCUCAGUGUGAGGGAACAUGUUAAGAACGAGUGGGAAGGGCUGAGGAAACAUGAUGUGGCAUUCCUUAUCACACUGCGACCUACUCUAGCUAUCCAGCAAAAAUACAACCAUGAAAUGCCCUUCAUUCCACAAGUUGGACUUGUGUAUGUCAGAGGCUGUGAAAUUGAGGGCAUGCUGGAUGCAGAGGGCAAGGUCAUUGAAGAAGGACCAGAGCCUCGUCCAGAUAUACCAGGUGACAUGAGGACAUUCAGAGUCUUCCUUGAUCCUAAUCAGUAUCAACAGGACAUGGCCCGUGCUGUGGAUGGAGAUGAGGAUGUGUAUGAAACAUUUAAUGUGAUAAUGCGAAGGAAACCCAAGGAGAACAACUUUAAAGCCGUCUUGGAGACAAUGCGUGAUUUGAUGAACACAUCCUGUGUUGUUCCAGACUGGCUUCACGACCUUAUUCUCGGCUAUGGUGAACCGAAUGCAGCACAUUAUUCACAAAUGCCAAAUAAGAUUACCUCCCUUGAUUGGAAUGACACAUUCUUAAACAUAGACCACCUGAGGGCCAGUUUUCCUGACCACAGCGUAGGAGUCUGCACAGAUGAUGUCAACAAACAUGUACCACCAUUUAGGUUAAAGUUCCCGCAGGAAGAGGAGACAGGGAAGAGGAAAGCUGAUACAGAAGAUGCAAAAGUGAUGAAAAAGAUUAUAGUGGAACCACACACCAUCCCAAACAGAGGACCUUACCCCUACAAUCAACCUAAAAAGAACCAAAUUUUGUUCACACCAACCCAGAUUGAGGCUGUGCGAGCAGGGAUGCAGCCCGGCUUGACAAUGGUUGUAGGACCCCCUGGGACUGGUAAAACUGAUGUUGCUGUACAGAUCAUCUCCUGUCUCUAUCACAACUUCCCCGACCAGCGUACAAUCAUUGUCACUCAUUCCAAUCAGGCUUUGAACCAGCUGUUUGAGAAAAUCAUGGCCCUUGAUAUAGAUGAACGCCAUCUGUUACGUCUUGGUCAUGGAGAGGAGGCCUUAGAAACUGAGAAAGAUUUCAGUCGGUAUGGCCGAGUGAACUAUGUGUUAGCACAACGCCUAGAGCUGCUGCAGGAAGUAGGGCGGUUACAGGACAGUCUGGGCGUACCUGGUGACCUUUCCUACACAUGUGAAACAGCUUCCUAUUUCUUCCUUUACCAGGUUUUAGCAAGGUGGGAGGAAUUUCUCAGCAAGCUUCGUCAAAUUAAGGAUAAGGAGCCAGAAAACAUCAAAGAUUUGUUCCCGUUUACGGUAUUCUUCAGCAACGCCCCACAACCACUUUUCAAGGGGCGCUUCUAUGAACAAGAUUUAGACAUAGCAGAAGGCUGUUUCAGGCAUAUAAAGAAGAUCUUCACACAGAUUGAGGAGUUCCGAGCAUUUGAGUUACUACGCAGUGGUGCUGACAGGGCAAAUUACUUGUUAAUUAAGGAAGCCAAAAUCAUCGCCAUGACCUGUACACAUGCUGCACUUAAACGUCGUGAUCUUGUAGCAGCUGGUUUCAAGUUUGACAAUAUUUUGAUGGAGGAGUCAGCCCAGAUUCUUGAGAUUGAAACAUUUAUUCCCCUCCUACUACAGAACCCAGAGGACAACAUUAACCGUCUGAAGCGCUGGAUCAUGAUUGGAGAUCAUCAUCAGCUGCCACCAGUCAUCAAAAACAUGGCCUUCCAGAAAUUCUCAAACAUGGAGCAAUCACUCUUCACACGCCUUGUCAGACUGGGGGUGCCCACAGUCGACCUUGAUGCUCAGGGUAGAGCUAGGUCAAGCAUUUCAAGUCUGUAUAACUGGAGGUACCGUAAACUAGGGAACCUACCACAUGUCUUGGUGAACCCAGAAUACCGACUAGCAAAUGCAGGAUUUGUACAUGACUUCCAGCUCAUUGACGUCCAGGACUUCAAUGGUGUAGGGGAGACACAACCCAACCCAUACUUCUUUCAGAAUCUGGCUGAGGCAGAGUAUGCUGUGGCACUAUUUAUGUACAUGAGGAUGCAGGGCUAUCCCGCUGAUAAGAUUGCCAUCCUUACUACGUACAAUGGACAGAAACAUUUGAUACGUGAUGUUAUCUACCAGCGGUGCGGAAAGAAUCCCUUUAUUGGACAGCCACACAAGGUGACCACUGUGGACAGAUACCAGGGCCAGCAAAAUGAUUACAUUAUCCUGUCACUGGUCAGGACCAAGACUGUUGGUCACUUACGAGAUGUGAGACGUCUGGUGGUGGCUAUGUCUCGAGCUAGGUUGGGCCUGUAUGUGUUCGGCCGAGUCAGUCUAUUCAGUAACUGUUUUGAAUUGACUCCAGCCUUCAAUAAGCUAAUGUCACGUCCUCAGAAGUUACAGAUCGUUCCUCAAGAGAUGUAUCCCACCCAGCGUAACAUCACAGAGCCACCAGAGGGCAAUGUAAUGGUGAUGGAAGACAUGUCUCACAUGGCACAGUUUGUGUUUGACCUCUACAACUCCAGGGUCACCAUGAUGAUGAGUCAGCGUGGCAUGUCAGAGGCUCAAUCAUUACAGAAACCUCCAAAGAAAAGCUGAUGUUCCAGAUAGGAGAGUGUCAAAUAGGAACAAUAAAGCCAAAAGUGUCUGCAUCAACAUUCCCAAAUGUUGACAGUGUAAACAACAAAACAUAUCAGAGGCAUAUAUCUAGAUCAUUAUUGUAUUUUCUGGUAUGUCUGUGAGACCACAGCUCAGCAGACAAUUUUUAGCAUCAUUGCUUUAUAUUUUGUUUGUGACUAGCUGGAACAGUUCUGCUAUAAAUACAGGCUUCUACUGAAUACUAGAUUGAUGUUGAUGGGAAAAGAACUUGGCAAUCUGGAAACUUCACUGCUAGAGAUUGCUGUUGAUUACAGGGAAUUGUUAAGUACUAGAAAGUCUGUGUAUGUGAGAAAAGGAACAGAAUAAAAGGGAUUAGGUAUCAAAUUAGAGUUACAUAUGAAGUUAAGUAAAGAGGACAGGACAAAGUAAGGAUGUGUAUAAGGUGUGUGAAUGUUAGAGGCUAUUGCCCACAUCAGUAGAAUGAAACUUGAAGUGUGUUUAAGCUGUGACAAUGUUAGAGCGUAUUUUACACAUCAGUAGACGAGGAAAGUGAUGUGGGUCAGGAUAUAAUUUCAUUGAGUGAAAUUCAUCUCGCCUUCAUCAAGGUGACAUCCUGUACUAGGGGAUUCAUUCAUAACAAUUAUCAUAUUCAUCAUCACUUAUCACAGAAUAAAAAG